CCCAAGUCUCUUCCCCUUGGCCUUCUUCUCUUCCAUGCCAUAAGUUUUCUGACUAGCUUUGCAAGUUUCCAGAGUUUUGUUUUGUUUAUGAGUUGGGUUUAAGAUUUAGGUUUGAAUCUCUGUUGCAGAUUGAAAUCUCACAGAGUUUUCUGAAUUGGGUUUUUUUGUUUCAGCCCCAAUACUGUUAUCUGUGAUUCUUAAUCAGCUCUAGUUUUCCAUCAUUGUAUUAGAUUUCUUGGUGUAUUUUUGCAGCCCAUCUGAGAUCUUGUUUGUAUUGGUGCUUCAGAAUCUAAUCCUGCGUUUGUUAUAGUUUUUUCAAUUCUCUGUACUGGUCAUAUGGUUUUGAUCCUAUUACUGGUUUCUGGAAUCCCACUGGAUAUAGGUCUGAUGUCAGUGUUUGUAUUGUUUUUUAUGUGGGUUUAUAGUUUCAGUCCUUAUCGUAGCCCCUGCUAUUAGGAUCCCCUUUUUGUAAGUAUAUAUUUAGAGAAAAAGUCAAAAUAGCAGGAUUAGGUUAAAAAAGUGAUAGAGUAUGAAAAGAUCUUGGCCCUCUUAGGGUGAAUAAGGGAUAGUUUAUACAGAGAUUCUGGACCUCUGAGCUGAUAAGAGAGAUUUGGUUUCUUCAUAAUAGUCCUUGGUAACUGAUAAGGCUUGAUUAGGAAGGUGAUAAUAUUAGCUAAAUGGCUCCUCCAUCAAAUGUAAUUGUGCCCAAUUCAAUGAUGGGCAUGAGUGCAUGCACAAAUUCCACAAUUUUUUCUGGUGGGCCUGUGAUGCAACAGCUGAACUCAGGCUCUGAGGAAGACCCACAUCAAAUCAUUGAUGGGAGGAAGCAGAAAAGAAUGAUUUCCAAUAGAGAAUCUGCAAGGAGGUCCAGACUGAGGAAACAGCAGCAUUUGGAUGAAAUGAUAGCAGAGGCAGCUCAUCUCAGGGCAGAAAACAAUAAGAUCCUCACAAAAUUCAAUUUUGUUUCUCAGAAUUACAUGAAUCUGCAAGAGGAGAAUAUUGUGCUUAAAAUCCAUGCAGAUGAAUUAACCCUCAAGCUGCAGUAUCUGAAUAUGGCAAUGCAAUGGGCUGGGAAACUGAAUGGUCUGGAUUUGAGUUCAUCAAAUGGCCUUUUGGAUCCAAUUCCCAUGGGUAACAACAAGUGGCAGCACUUCCAGCCUUCCAUUUUUGAGCCCUUAACAGCCACAGAAAUCUACCAGUAGUUUUUCUCCCAAAUGUAUUUACUUUCAAUGAGCCCACAUUUGUUCCAAACAAUGCACCUAUAAAUGAUGUACAUUACACAUACAAAACAAAGCCAAUAUUGAACCACAAUUACUAUACCAUUAUCACAACGCCUUCAAGCAUACAUACUUGAACGUAAUCAAUUAAAUAUUUACAUAUGAAUGUACAUACUCUAAAGCAGAAUGACCAAAAUAUUUUAUAUAUAUAUAUAUAUAUCAGUUUAUUUGGUUUUCAA